AAAAUGGAUAGUGAGGACCACAAUCAAAUUCUAUCAAAACAGGCUGAUUUCCCUCUCAAAGGCCAAAACCCUAACCAAUCCCUCUAUCAGCACCAUGAAAAGUCAGAGUCAAAGAAGCAAGAAGGUGAAGAUCUGGAUUUUAUUAAGGAAAGAGGGGUGAAUAAAAGCAGCCAUGAAGGUUCUACACCCAAGAGGGAUUUAAAAAUAUCAGUAGAUGAUAGGACAAAUGUGUUUGGAGGAAGCCAAUUAUCUCCGAUAAAUAAGGAUAUGACUAUGAAGCAUCCUGUGAAACCAGUCACCAUAAUGCGGAAGUUGUCCCAUACCAGACUGGGAAGUAUGGAAAGAGGAAGAGUGAAGAGGGAAGCUAUUGAGAAUUUCCUUAAAACUCACUCUGGUUUUACAGAUAAUAUAAAUAAUGCAGGAAAGAUAAGAUAUGAUAGAGCAGGUUCUCCCUUGAAGAGAAGUGUAAUUGGGUCGGUGGAGAUAUACCAAAAGGAGAAGACUAAAAGGACCUCUAUGAAUAUGCCUGAAGUGUCGAUUGAAUCAGUCUCUAAGAGAAAAACAGCAAGAAGCAGAUUGGGAGAAUUUAACAAGAAAAGACCUAUAGAAGGGGUUAAAAAGGCUGAAAAAGUGUCAAAGUAUAUUAAAUCAAAUUUCUCUGACCAUCAAAUGCACGAAUUUAUUGAAAAUUACUACAUUAAGAGAAAAUCUAACCUUGAUGAACAAUCUUCUAUGUUCAGCACCACCAUGAAAUCUUUCGAUAGAGGCUCUUGCCUCUCCUUGGAUAGAGGAAACAAAGAUAACAGGUUCUUUGAGAAUUAUGAGAACAACAGGAAUAGGUGGAAGAAAUAUGCUAAUUUCUUAAGCAAGAAAGUUGGAAGACAAUCCCCUGAAAAUAGCCUCAUAAAUUCAUCUGAUUUUUAUUGUGAAAAUCUUCAGAAGAAAUCAGAUUUUGAUGAAGUCCAAGAGGCUAGUCUACAGAAGAGCUUACAUGGAUGGUAUGGAACUCUGAGACUCUCGCCUCUAGAUGGGAAAUUAAAUAGGAAUUAUAUCCCUGUUGGCAAGCAUGGAGAUAUUGGAGCAUCAGAAGUUCUCCAUAAUAAGAGUAAACUCCUUAUGAAAAAGCCAAAGGAUUUCUUUCUUUUCGGAAAUAAACCACUCAGCACUUCUAUUAUGGAUAGAAUUGAGAUGCAAAAGAAGACUUCUCAAGAACUCCCAUUCUUGGAUUCAAGGAAGAAACAUCUGCUUAAAACCUUAGCAAAGGGUGAGAACCAGAUCACUAACAUGAACGAGCUAUUUAUCAAGGGAAUUAACAAAUUUGAAAGCGAAGUUGAAUAUGGCUUAAGUAUCCCUGAAAACAAAAGAGUACUCUAUUUGAAUUCGGAGGAAAUGAAAAGUGAAAAAUUACGUCUCUCAACAAGUCCGGAAGAAAUCAUUGAAUCUCAUUUUGAAAGCAAGAUCCUUUAUUAGACCUCCAUA